AUGAUACAACUACGUGACGACUACGAUAACGACGGCGACCUGUAUAAUAUAUACUCUGUUCCAAAAGAGAACGGUCACUUUUUGCGCAAACAACUGACGGCUGCGGCAUUGCAAAGGCCAAAAUUCUCCUCCCCCUUUCUAGCCAACAAUCGUCAACGUCUUCGAGAAACGUCUGCUAGCAAGGUGGGGAAUGUUGGGCCUUUGCACUGCUGUAGCCGUAAGUUGUAUGCUCGAAAAGUGACCUUUCUCUUUUGGAACAGAGUAUAG